AUGGAGCGCCUCUCUCUGAACGAAAGCCCUGCCCCGGCUCCUCGAACCCCGCAGCAAAACCAAUUCGCCCAGAAUGCCCUCGGCCCAGCAGGACCUAUUGGCGGCCCACCGCAAUUACCCCCGCAGAUGUUCACGACCGCCGCACAGCUGCUUGACCUAACAGAUAAGAAACUCGUCAUCAUCCUCCGCGACGGCCGUAAACUCAUCGGUGUCCUCCGAAGCUGGGACCAGUUCGCCAACCUUGUUUUCCAGGAUACCGUAGAACGGGUUUACGCCGGACAGUUGUACGCUGAUGUCCCGCGGGGCAUCUUUAUCGUUCGUGGAGAAAAUGUGCUCCUGCUAGGCGAAGUGGACCUCGACCGUGAAGACGAUAUCCCGCCCACACUGACAAAAGCCCCAUGCGAAGAAGUCUUCGCGCUGAAGAAGAAAGAAGACGCGAAGCGAAAAACAGGAGAUAAGAAGCGCUACGAUGAGCUGCAAGCACUCGGUUUCGAGCCAGAGCAUAGCGGGGAAAUUCUGUUCUAG